UCCAUAUGGACACAUCCCAGGAAUGUUCAUCAGCGCUAACGCAAGAUAGUGCCCAUCCAACUACCACAGUCCCUGCUCUCUAAGUCACACUCGGAUCAACUAUCCAGAAGCAACGAAGUGCAACUCUUGCUCAGAAGCGCUUGCCGCCAUGGCUGCAGCUGCGCUGCCACUGGACUGAGUCACGUACAGCUCUUGUAGCAGCUCCUGGCCGGCGUAGCGCGGCACUGCGUUGCAUGCCCGCCACGCAAACUGGUGCUGAUUAGCCGCAAACGUGCGCUGCGCCCACCUUUGCACAGAUUCUGCAGAGGAAAGAGAUGAAGCUCCGUGAAGCAAGAGCGUCCAUGCACCGUCGUCCGGCAGGGUGCGCCAGGCUAGCCGCCAUGCCGCGGUGGCGCGCGCUUCAUCUCCUCCUGCUGCUCAUCCUGUCGUCCUCCCCACGCAGCGCGGACUCGGCGCAGGGCGAGGCCGAGGCGCUCCUGAGGUGGAAGGACAGCCUGGCCGCCGCGCCGGCGGCGGACGCCCUCGCCUCGUGGUUGCUGAACGGCUCUGCCGCAGCCGCAACCGCGGCGGCGUGCUCAUGGCGCGGCGUUUCGUGCGACUUCCUCGGCCGCGUCGUGGGCGUCGACGUGGCCGGCGCGGGCCUCGCCGGCACGCUCGACGCCCUGAACCUCUCGUCGUUGCCCAGCCUCGGCCGCCUCAACCUCAGCUUCAACGCGCUGACGGGUCCGUUCUUCCCGUCGAAUGUGUCUGCGCCGCUGCUCAGCGUCAGGUCCGUGGACUUGUCGAACAACAACUUGUCGGGUCCGAUCCCGGCGACGUUGCCGGCGUACAUGCCGAACCUUGAGCACCUCAACCUCUCGUCCAACCAGUUCGCCGGCGAGAUACCGACGUCCCUCGCGAACAUGACGAAGCUUCAGAGCCUUGUCCUUGGCUCCAACCAUCUCGCCGGCGGCAUACCGCCGGUGCUUGGUUCCGUCUCCGGGCUACGAGAGCUCGAGCUGUCCAGCAAUCCGUUGGGCGGCCCGAUUCCUGCCACUCUCGGCAAGCUCCUGUCUCUGGAGCGCAUCAACGUCAGCCUCGCUGGACUGGACUCAACAAUUCCGAGUGAGCUCAGCCUCUGCACCAACCUCACCGUCAUUGCCUUCGCCGGGAACAAGCUAUCCGGGGGGCUGCCGCCGUCGCUGGCCAAGCUGACCAGAGUACGGGAGUUCAACGUCUCCAAGAACAUGCUCACCGGCGAGAUAUUGCGGGACUACUUCACGUCCUGGACCGAUCUCACGGUGUUUCAGACGGACGGCAACCGUUUCACCGGCAAGAUCCCCCCAGAGGUCGCGACGGCAUCGAGGCUCGAGUUCCUCUCGUUGGCGACCAACAACCUCUCCGGCAUAAUCCCACCGGUCAUCGGGAGGCUGACAAGUCUAAAGGUGCUGGACCUCUCCGAGAACGGGUUCUCCGGCGUGAUCCCGCGGACGAUCGGCAACCUCACGAGCCUCGAGACGCUGCGUCUGUACGACAACAAGCUCACGGGCCGGUUGCCGGACGAGUUCGGGAACAUGACGGCGCUGCAGAGGCUGUCCAUAAACACCAACAUGCUAGAGGGCGAGCUGCCGGCCGGGCUCAUCCGGUUGCCGAACCUCCUCGGCAUCGUUGCGUUCGACAAUCUCUUCUCCGGCACCAUCCCGCCGGAUUUCGGCCGGAAACUGUCCAUCGUCAGCAUGUCGAACAACACGUUCUCCGGCGAGCUGCCUCCAGGGCUGUGUAGCACACCCCGCCUGCGGUACCUCAGCCUCGACGACAACGACAUCUCCGGUACCGUGCCCUCCUGCUACCGCAAUUUUACCAAGCUGAUACGCUUCCGGGUGGCACGGAACCAGUUGACCGGCAGCGUGGCAGAGAUCUUCGGAUCGCAUCCUGACCUGUACUACGUUGACCUGUCCGGGAACUCGUUCGACGGAGAGCUCCCGGAACACUGGACUCAGUUCAAGAACCUCUCGUACCUGCACUUGGACGGCAACAAGAUCACCGGGACAAUCCCGGCCAGUUACAGUGCCAUGUCUGCAUUGGAAGGCCUGAGUCUCGCGUCAAAUCGUCUCGGUGGCGCGAUACCGCCGGAGUUCGGUGAACUGCCUCUGCUUAAUCUGAACUUGAGCCACAACAUGCUGUUAGGACAAAUCCCUCUGACGCUGGGGAACGCCAGGAAGAUGCUAGAGCUGGACCUAUCUGGAAAUCAUCUCGACGGCGGCGUGCCAGUGGAGCUGACCAGACUGACCCACAUGUGGCACCUGAACCUGAGCAACAACAACCUCACCGGAAAAGUGCCGGCUCUGCUAGGAAAGAUGGACUCGCUCCAAGAGCUUGAUCUCAGUGGCAACCCAGGUCUGUGCGGCGACAUCGCCGGCCUGAAUUCUUGCCUCUCGUACCCGAUUAGUGGUGACUCCAAACGGUACAUAGCGAGGCGGAUCCUCAUCGUCGCGCUGGUUUCCGCCGCGGCGCUGCUGCUCUUCAUCGUUGCAGUGGCGUGUGUACUGGCCCGCAAGAGGAGGCGGACCGGCCAAGACAACGAGGGCACGACGGCGAGCGGCAGCACGACGGCUCUGACGGCUUCCAUAUGGGGCAAGGACGCGGAGUUCUCAUUCGGCGACAUCCUGGCGGCGACGGAGCACUUCAACGAGUCCUACUGCAUCGGCAAGGGCAGCUUCGGGAGCGUGUACCGCGCGGACCUGCCGGGCGGGUACCGCCUCGCCGUGAAGCGGCUCGACGCGUCGGAGACCGGCGACGCGUGCUGGGGCAUCAGCGAGAAGAGCUUCGAGAACGAGAUCAGGGCCCUGACGCGCGUCCGGCACAGGAACAUCGUCAAGCUCCACGGCUUCUGCGCCAUGGGCGGGUACAUGUACCUGGCCUACGAGCUCGUCGGGCGGGGCAGCCUCGGGAAGGUGCUGUACGGGACCGGCAGCGGCGAGAGGUUCGACUGGCCGGCGAGGAUGCGCGCGAUCGGAGGCCUGGCGCACGCGCUGGCGUACCUGCACCACGACUGCUCACCGCCGAUGAUCCACCGCGACGUGUCGAUCAACAACGUGCUGCUGGACCCCGACUACGAGCCGCGGGUGUCGGACUUCGGCACGGCGAGGUUCCUCGCCCCCGGGCGCUCCGACUGCUCCAGCAUCGCCGGCUCCUAUGGCUACAUGGGACCAGAGCUGGCGUACAUGAGGGUGACGACCAAGUGCGACGUGUACAGCUUCGGCGUGGUGGCGUUGGAGAUCCUGAUGGGCAGGUACCCGGGCGGCCUCAUCAGCUCCCUGCACUCGCGGCGCCCCGAGGAGCAGGGCGGCGUCGACGGCCUGUCGCUGCUGAUCAAGGACGCGGUGGACCAGAAGCUGGACCCUCCAGCCGGGCAGGUGACCGGGCAGGUCGUGUUCGCCUUCGUCGUCGCCCUGUCGUGCGUCCGGAUGAACCCCGACGCCCGGCCGACCAUGCGGCACGUCGAACAGGAGCUCGCGGCGCGGAGGAGGGCGGUCCUGGACAGGCCGUUCGCCGUGAUCAGGGUCGGUGACCUGACUACUAGUUCGGCGGCUAGCUUAGUUGACAUGAUGAUCGGUAGCUAGCUUAGUUGCAUUUGUACAGGAACAGGGGCCUCUUUUGUCCCGAUCAGCUCGGUUGUGUACUUUCUGAACGUUUGUGAUUGCAUUAGAGUGGUUUUCCAAAGUAAAUGUGUGCCGUACUUGCCGGUUCUGAGCUGAAAUUUGUGUAUAAAAAGAGAUCGUAAGUAAAAAAGAUGGUCCCGACUUUAUAUAUUAUA